AAAAGACAUAAGAAAGAGAGGAGAAACACACACAACACAAACACAAACUAAACACAAACAGAAACACACAACACUCGGUUUCGGUUCAUGCUCGAAGAGGUCCUCUCGAUUCAGAUCAUCCACAACACAUCACAACAGAAACUUCCUCUGGCAAAUCUACCAUAACCCACGUCAAAUCCUCACGAAUCUCACCGACCCAUUCCCUAUUAUCAUCCAUCUCCACCGAUCGCUACCAUUACCAACAGCAGCUUCAUCCAUUCUCCACGCACGCUUCUUCCUUUUCUUUCUCACACCGCGCGUUCGUGUUCUUAAUGCAGACCCUGAUUGCAACGAAAUGGACGUAAAUUUGGGAGGUGCAGGCGCGGUGACAGCAUAGCAUAGCAUGCAGCAGCAGCAGCAGGGAGUGAGCGUGCGAGGAGGGAAGGAGGAGCAGCAGCAUGUCAAAUCAGGUGGUGAAAGUGCGAAGGGACACGAUUGCAGCAUGCAUGACUUGCCCACUCUGCGGCAAGCUCUUCAGAGAAGCCACAACCAUAUCCGAAUGUCUCCACACGUUUUGCAGGAAGUGCAUUUAUGAUAAAAUUACGGAUGAGGAGAUAGAAUGUUGUCCAAUAUGCAACAUUGAUUUGGGUUGUGUUCCACUCGAGAAACUGAGGCCAGACCACAGUUUGCAAGAUGUAAGGGCCAAAGUUUUCCCCUUAAAGGGAAGAAAGGUGAAGGCACCUGAAGUUGUCACCUCAGUACCAUUACCAGCUAGGAGAAAGGAGAGAUCUCUUUCAUCUUUGGUGGUCAGCACACCAAGGGUAUCUACACAGGCAACCAUGACAGGAAGAAGAACAAAGCCUACAAGAAAGGCUAGUGGUUUGCGGUCCACUAGUUUUUCCAUUGAAAAGCCCAUUAAAAAAGAGGAAUAUUUACUAGAAGAUCGUCCUGAUAGUUCAAGCUCACCUGACACUUCACAUAAGUUUGCUCAUAAUUCUGGACAGAGCAUGUCCCCUUGCGAGGGUAGUCAGUCCAUCCCAAAUAAAGGAUCAGAGAAUGGUGCCGAACCAUGGGAUGCAAAAUUGGAUCUUUGGAAACCCUUGAAUUGUUUAGUAGAAGUCGCAAGUAGGAGUAAAUCUUUCAAGUCUAAUAUUCUUGGGUCUGAUGCUAAAUUAGAAACCAAUCAAGUAAAUGAGAGCGAUUCUCAAGUUCUGAAAAUAAAAAAUAAGGAAAAUAAACGUAAGGCAAAAAUUGAGGAUGAAAAGAGUAGCCCUUAUCCUGUCUCUUCAGAUACAGCAAAACCAAAUAAAUUGCGCAGAAUACGCAAGAAAAAAGAGCCUGCUUCUGGAGAAUCUGGCAUAUCACCCCAAGCUGUGCUGGAUUCUGCCAGCAAUAAUAGACUCUCAAGGACUGGUCCAAUUUGGUUCUCCUUAGUGGCUUCUGAAAACCAGGAAGGAGAUGAUCCCUUGCCCCAAAUUCCUGCAAGUUAUUUGAGAAUAAAGGAUGGUAGUGUACCCGUCUCUUUCAUCCAAAAAUACCUAAUGAAGAAACUGGAUUUGACAAGUGAAACAGAGGUUGAGAUUAAAUGUGUGGGACAACCAGUGCUCCCUACAUUGCAGUUAUAUAAUUUGGUUGAGUUGUGGCUGGAUACGGCGCCCACGUCACAGAGAAUUCCAGCAACUAUUGGGUCCUCAGCAAAGGAUUUUGUCAUGGUCUUGGCUUAUGCUCGGAGGGUUCCAGACCCUUGAUCAUGUUUCCCCAUUCAUACUUUAAUGCACCUUGAAAAUCUUCUUCAUAGCAUAGUCACUUACCAUCACCACUGUGGAGGAUAGGAUAAGAUAGGUCAAAUAAAUUAUAAAGAAAUUCUCUCCAUAAAAACAUACCCUUCUGUUCAUUAAUCUAGGCAUCCUGAUUUUUCAUGACCAACAUUUUUUUUUGGUUUAAGUUCGCAUAUUCCUAUAAUUUGGAGUGCACAUGUGACUUAGGUAUAAGAAGCUAUGGGCUACCAUGCCUGGUUAGAAGUUUGUUGAGAAUUUGACAUUUGAAUCUAGAGGAUUCUUUGUUAUUUUACCCUUUAUUCUAUCUGUUUGUUUUCCAAUA